AUGGAGCCCGCCGUGGAGCGACUGGCUGUAGGCUACGAUGCUGAAGAGGAGCGCAAGUUUAAGCGCCCAACAUCAGCCAUCACCACGGCCCCGGGCACACAAAGGCGACCCAGACACAGGCGCCAGCAUCGGCCCGCGGCAGACUGUGAAACGUCGGUUUUGAGUGCGCCUCACCCUUGCGCCCCUCAGACAUUGAGCAGCUUUUAUGAGGCAGGGGGCUGGGUGUUUCAUGGGGAGAGUGGUGGUUGCAGUGGGGAUGGAGGCUGUGGGGUCCUGUCGCUGCUUACCCUGAAUCCAGUACAAAUUUCCUGUGUCGCGGACAGAGUGAAUUUUACUAGACAACAUGAUUAUGAAAACGAAAGCAGCAGUAUAAUACUGCAGAAAUGGGAUACGGGUUCCCAAGGAGAGCAGAAAGCACUUACAUCUAAUAUAUCUACAACUGCACAGGAAGCACUGAAGCCAUCAAUACGCCGAGCCACAGGUCCCUGCACUUUCCCAUGUCUAAAUGGAGGCCAUUGUAUUCAUUCAGACUCCUGCAACUGCAGCUUAUAUCAAGGCACUGGGCGGCGGUGUCAGAAAGUUCCAAACACAGGUUUUGAGAGAGAGAUGACAUGCCGAUCGUGGGGGCAGUACAACUUUGAGACCUUUGAUGGGCUGUACUUUUACUACCCUGGCAAAUGCACGUAUACUCUGCUGAGGGACUGUGAAGACGCCACGCAGUCCAGUGUUCUCAUCCAGAUUCACAAUGACCCAGACUGUGGGCCCUCUCCCUACACUUGUGCCCGGUCUGUCAGCCUCUUUCUGCCAUGGGAAGGGGAGAUCAGGUUGCAAAACUUCACAGUUACCUUUAAAGGCCAAAGUGUUCAGCUCCCGUAUAACAUCCAUGACAUUCAACUGGAGAGGAUAUCUCAGUACAUCCUGGUCACUCAGCAGCACGGCUUCACUCUGGCCUGGGAGGGCUACAAUGGCUCCGUCUACAUCAAGAUGAGCCCAGAGUAUGUGGGCAGGACCUGUGGGCUGUGUGGGAAUUUCAACGCAGAUGUUCAGGAUGAUCUGAAGACCAGCUAUGGUGUUGUCACUGAAGAUGUGGCCAUGUUUGGGAACAGCUGGACGGAGGAGGAGCCCCACCAAGCCAGCUGCCCCAUGGUGCCCUCCUUGUACCCGUCCCCCUGUGCUGACCAGGAUGCCCACACUCGUCUGAAAGUUGAAGAAGUUUGUGCAACACUGCUGAAGAGCCCCUUUAAAUCAUGCCAUGAGUUUGUCAGCCCUUAUUCUUUUAUGGCCAGCUGCUCAAACGACCUUUGUCUGUCUGGUCCCAGUGGUGAUGAAGUAUGCCAAGUAUUUACAGAGUAUGCCAGGGCCUGUGCCCACGCAGGUCACACGCUGCAUGACUGGAGAUCUCACAUACAAGCUUGUGCUGUCUCCUGCCCAGUGGAACUUGUGUACAAUGAAUGCAUCACCUGCUGCCCAGUGUCCUGUAAAGUGGAGAGGAUGUGCAUCGACAGCAAGCUCCAGUGUCUGGACGGAUGCUACUGCCCCGAUGAUCUGAUCUUUGAGGAUGGGAGCUGUGUCAAGGCCUCGGACUGCCCCUGUGAGUUCCAUGGCAUGCUCUACCCCCCUGGUCAAGUGGUCCAGGAGGAGUGCAACAACUGCACCUGCCUGGGGGGAGUGUGGAACUGCACCGACUACACCUGUCCAGGUGAAUGCUCCGUCACUGGUGACAUGUUCUUCCAGUCCUUUGACGGACGUGUUUACACCUUUCCAGCCACCUGCCAGUACGUUCUGGCCAAGAGUCGCAAUUCUGGAAAAUUCACCGUCACCAUACAGAAUGCGCCUUGUGGACCAAAUCUUGAUGGGGCAUGCAUCCAAUCAGUUAACCUGGUCGUUGACGAGGAUCCAAGGACGGAGAUUACAAUGAGCCACAUUGGCGAGGUCUUCGUGUCUAGCCAGUACCGAAUCUCCCUGCCCUAUUCAGACGAGAUGUUCCAUAUCCAGGAGCUGUCCACCAUGUUCCUGCAGGUGAAGACCUCGCAGGGCCUGCGGCUGCAGUACAACUGGCGGGAGUUCCGCCUCUACCUGCAGGUGUCGGAGCUCUGGAAGGAGGACACGGUGGGCCUGUGCGGGACCUUCAAUGGGAACAUUCAGGAUGACUUCCUGGCUCCCUCUGGAAUGAUAGAGAGCACUCCACAGCUGUUUGGGAAUGCCUGGCGUGUGCCCUCUGCAUGCAUGCCCAGUCUUAGCCUGCCACAGCUGGACCCCUGCGAUGCCCACCAGCAGAUCGCCUUCUACGCAUCUCAGAUGUGUGACAUCCUGAACCAGGCGCUGUUUGCGCCCUGCCAUGCCUACCUGAGCCCGGUGCCCUUCCACCAGCAGUGCCGGGCAGACACCUGUAAGUGUGGGCAGCCCUGCCUCUGCUCCGCCCUGGCGCACUACGCCCGCCACUGCCGCCGCUUCUCCAUCAUCAUCGACUUCAGAGCUCAGGUGGCCGACUGUGCGAUCACGUGCCCAAAGACCAUGGAGUAUGGCAUGUGUGUGUCGGCGUGCCAGCGGCGAUGCCAGUUCCUCUCCAUGCCCCAUCUUUGUGGAGAUGAGUGUGAGGAGGGCUGUGUGUGCCCUCUCGGAACAUUCUACAACACGCGCACCCGCAGCUGUGUGAGAAGGAGUGAGUGCCAUUGCACCUUCUUUGGGGUGGAUUACGCACCUGGGGAUGAGAUCAUGACCUCAUCAGGUGUACAGGUUUGUCAAGAUGGAAAGAUAAUGUCUCAAAUUUCCUUCAUCAAUGAGACGUGCCCCCCUGGCCAGCGGUAUCAUGAGUGCAACCAGGUGAUGGGCAGCUUGGCCUUGAGCAAAGGUGUGGCCUGUGAGGAGACCUGCGAGUCGCACCUGCUGAACCUCACCUGCUCCGUGUACGAGCCCUGCAUCCCCGGCUGCGUCUGUCCAGAGGGCUUGCUGAAACAUGGAGAUGAGUGUUUCCGGCCUGAAGCCUGCCCCUGCAUCUGGAAAGGCAAAGAGUACUUCCCUGGGGACCUGGUCACCUCCCCAUGUCACCAGUGCAUUUGCCAGCAUGGGACGUUCCAGUGUGUCUUCCAGCCAUGCCCUUCGAUGUGCACUGCCUAUGGAGACCGCCAUUACCGCACAUUUGACGGACUGCUGUUUGAUUACGUCGGGGUGUGCAAGGUGUACUUAGUGAAGAGUAGUGUGGAUUCAAUGCUGAGUGUGUCAGCUGAGAAUGUGGAUUGUUAUGAAAGUGGAGUGAUCUGCCGAAAGUCAUUACUCAUCACCAUUGGUCGAUCUGUCAUUGCCUUUGAUGAUGACAGUGGCAAACCUAGCAUGUCGAGCGUGGUGGACAGGAGGCAGGGCAUGUACAUCUGGCAGGCAGGCUACUUCACCAUUGUGCACAUCCCUGAGGCGGAUGUCACCGUGCUCUGGGACAGGAAGACCACCGUCCACAUCCAGGCUGGACCUCGUUGGCAGGGUAAACUCUCGGGUCUCUGUGGGAACUUUGACCUGAGGACGGUGAAUGAGAUGAGAACUCCAGAGAAUAUCGAUUCUGCAACCCCGCAAGAGUUUGGAAACAGCUGGACCGCUGCCGAGUGUGUUAACAGCCCUGACAUCAGACACCCAUGCAGCUUGAGUCCCCUUCGUGAGCCGUUUGCUAAAAGGCAGUGUGGCAUUUUACUCAGUGAAGUCUUCCACGUCUGCCACCCAGUGGUGGAUGUGACGUGGUUCUACAUGAACUGCCUGGCAGAUACCUGUGGCUGCAACCGAGGAGGGGACUGUGAGUGUUUUUGCACCAGCGUGGCAGCCUACGCCCACCAGUGCUGCCAGCAGGGCAUCACCGUAGACUGGCGCACCCCCUCGGUUUGCCCGUAUGACUGUGAAUAUUACAACAAAGUUAUGGGCAAAGGGCCUUACCAGUUGACCACGUACAGGGAGAGGGACACAGUGAUCACAGCCAACAGGACCAGUGGGGUUGUUCUGCCCAGAAGGAGAUCCACUGCAGGCCAUGGGCUCCUGUCCACGUUCAUGAUGACCCCAGGCCUCAGCAGAGUGCGGCCGCAUGAUACAUCACUCGUGUCCUUUGAGGCUGCGGACAGACCAAAUUACUUCCUGCGGGUGGACAGGGGUGGCCAUCUCAGGCUUGCGAAGUGGCAGGACAGUGAGGCCUUCUUCAACCAGUGCACGUUUGUCCUGCACCGGGACACCUGGAUCCCCGGCUACGACUCGCUGGAGUCCUUCUCCAAGCCGGGCUUCUUCCUGCACUACAUGGUCUCGUGGGUUCACCUCAUGAAGUACAACCACUCCGACGGCUUCCGCAGGGCCACGCUCUUCAGGCUAGCAGCCCUGUCUUCAGAGUACCAGAUCGGACCACGGUGCCAGUGGCGGUACGAGUCAUGUGUUAGCCCCUGCUUCAGGACCUGCAGCGACCCGUCAGGCCAAAGCUGCAUCACUAUUCUAAAAGUGGAGGGAUGUCUCCCUGUCUGUCCAGCUCACAUGGUCCUGGAUGAGGUCACCCAGAGAUGCGUCCAUCUGGAAGACUGCACUAAGCCCCCAGUUGCCGUUCAGCCCAUUACGCCGUCCAGCACCGCGGCAACACCUGCAGCUGUCACUUCUGCCACCACCACAACCACUUUGGCCCCCUCCACCACACGUGCCACUCCCCCCUCCCCCACCACCACCACCACCACCACCACCACCACCACCACCAGCGUCCCCACUCAGGCCCCAUCAACCACCACCUUUGCUGUGGAGACCUUCAGCACCACAGUACGUGCCCCAACCACCAGCACUGACAAAGUGGUCACUCCAACCACUACUGUUACCGCCAUAGUGGCCACAGGGUCAACCCAGCCCUCAACCCCCAAGCCAUCUGCGCUACCAACAGGCACAUUUGAAUCCUUCUCAGCGACGGUCAGACCGGUGGUGGUGGACUCUGUGAGGACAACUGCGAGGACGUCGGCUGCCUCUCCCUCCACAGUCCCUGUGGUCACCACCACGGAGACCACAAGCAGGACACCCAGCCCCUCGACCACUCCUGAAUCUGCCAGCACUCAGAAAACGACUCCCGCGUCCCCCACGUCGCUGUUCUGGCUGACCUCCUCCACGGCCAGGACAGGCAUCACCUCACCUCCCUCCGCCACCGCCACCAAACCCACCAGCACGACUCCGGGGCCCACCAGAGUGAGCACUCUGCCUGCACUUCCAGUCUCCACCACCAGGGUUACCAGUGCAGCCACAUCCAGCACAGCUAUGACCUCUCCCCACAUCACCAGCACCUCCAGCACUAGGGCCACCAUAGCCUCUGAGCCCUCAGUAGUGACUGGCAGGACAACAGCCUCCAGAGUCUCCUCUACUACACCCACAACCAGAUCUCCAGAGACAACCCAAAGCACAACUGAGCAUCCUACACCAUCAGUCAAAACAACAACCCAUGCCACUGAGACUAGGACUACUGUAUCUGUUACAGAGACUACAUACUCACCUGCAACUUCCCCCACUCACACCGUAGCUUCUACCACAGUCAAGACCAUUCCGGAAUCCACUACAGAAUCAGCCACACCUAGUGCUGCUUUCACCACUGUGAAGACAACACCAUCCAGAGCCCCGCGGACAACCCAGCCUCUCAGCUCCACAGUACCAACAGAGCAGACAGUGCGGACGUCCCCCACAGAGCCUCGGACAUCAACGACAGUUGUUCCUGAGCCAUCCUCCAGCACACUGGCUUACACAGCUCCAACAAGGACAACAACAAUUGCUGUGCCUGCUUCGCCUACCUCAGAGCAAGCAGCUACCACGAAGAAAACUACCACAGUGGUCGCUCCAACAGCACUUUCUCCUCUGACCACUCGUAGUACUCGUACAACGCCACCACCUGAGGUAACAGCUACAACAGAGCUAACAACUACAAGAGAAACAGCGUCACCCACUGCAUAUACCUCAAGAACAUCUGGGUCACCAGAUGUGUCAACCACUGAGAAGAUUACGACGACCUCUGCGUAUGUCACUGUGGACUGGAGGCAGACUACGACCAGUCAAGCAACCACUUCCCACGCCACGCCUGUCCAGCCUGUUCUUACUGAAAUCACCUCAACCACAAGACUUCCUGAGAGACCCACAACAGCAGAGCCCAUUCAUACAGUGUCCACAACUUCACAACUGCCCAUUCAUAGAGUGUCCACGACCACUCUUUCAACAGUACGGCAAACAGAGUCCACAUCAUUGUCUCCAACUUCUGCUGUGUCCCAGGUGCCAUCCACAAAGACCACAACAUACAGACCACACGUGGAGGUCACCAGCACUACGUCCCAGCCCAGCACACGAAGAACGACAGACUGGCAGACACGUCCUCCUUAUCCAGAAACGUCUUCCACGCCUGUUGCUGUCACACACAGAGUGACCUCAGCCACCAAAACUUUUAUAUCACCUUUUCCCACAGGUGAGGCCACAUCCACGAAGACCAGCACAGCUCCACCAAGCCCCAGGACUACGACAAGCAUUGCCACGUCAUCCACUGGAUCAACUCUCUCAACAACAACAACAACAGUAGCAACAACAACAACAACAACAGCAACAACAACAAAAUCUACAACACCCACGGAGAGAGUGACUAGUAGAAUUCCAACAACCACAACAGCAAUUCCAGAGGUGACGACAGAGGAUAGACUCAGCACGCUUUCAACAACUGCAAGGACACCUCGACCCAGUACUCAAACCACUGCUGUGAGGCCGGUGACCUUACAUCCACAUACGGACACCACCAGAGUUCCUCCAGUAACAGGGAGGGUCGAGGUGUCGACAACAGCAGCCACCACAUCCCGGCCCUCGCCAUGGUCACCCGUAGUCUACACAACCUCCACCCCAGCGACCUCAAGACCAAGCACUCCUGCAGAGAGGGUCACCACCAGAGUGACCCCUACUACCCAAACUACACGGACCACGACAGCGCUUCGAACGACGUCCAGAGUCACUCCGUCCACGGCAGCGUCCCCUGGAACCCCCACUGAGACAACCACUGCAGGCACCACCAUUGCCAGAAUCACAGAAUCCACAACAACAACAACAACAACAACAACACCAACAACACCAACAUCACCAACAUCACCAACAACAUCACCAACAACAACACCAACAUCACCAACAUCACCAACAACAUCACCAACAUCACCAACAACAACACCAACAUCACCAACAUCACCAACAACAUCACCAACAUCACCAACAACAACAACAACAACAACAACAACGCCUUUGUCUUCCACGUCCACAGUGAGGCCGCCCCCCGGUUCCCCGACGGCAUCAGAGUCUGUGUCGCCAACCCACACUCCUCGCACCACCAUUAGAUCCGUAAUUACGGAGCUCACGACUGAAACUGUGGAGACACUGCCUACAAAGACCAUGACAGUAUCCUCAACGCCAGUGGUCACUUUGACAUCAACAGUAGCACGACCCAAACUGACCAACACCACCACCACCACCACCUCCGCCGAGAAGGUAUCGACCACAGAAGGAACUACCUCUGCCUCCACACCUACGCUGGCUAUUCGCCCCACUCCAGAAGCCACUUCAGCACUGACUGGAAAGUCCACUCUUGGGCCAGACGGAGUGACGACAUCCACCUCUUCAGCACCAGUGACCUCUACUCUUCCCACGCCACUCUCCACCAGAGCAACCGAACCCGUGAGGUCAACAGAGACAUCGUGGUCACCCGUCACUCGGUCCACCUCAGAAGAGUCUUCCGAGGCCCCAGAAACACCCGCUGCUUCAGGGGAACCCACCACCAUGACUGCCCCAUCUACCAGGAUGUGCACACCACCGUACUCAGAAAUGAUUGAUGAAUGUACCAAGUACAUUUGUGUUGGUGGACAACUGGUUUUGUUCAACAAGUCUCAGAGUUGCCCAUAUGACUCCGUUCCCCCUAACUGUGGCCUUCUGGGAUUUGCUAUUCUCGUGAAUGGAGACAAGUGCUGUCCUAAAUGGGAUUGUCCAUGUCGCUGUUCUGUUUUCCCUGACCUUAAUGUCAUCACCUUCGAUGGCAACAGCGUGGCCAUCUACAAAGCAGCCUCCUAUGUGGUGACCCAGCUGCCCAAUGAGACUGUCAGCAUUCUAGUCCAAGAGUGCCCAGUUUCAGAUACGCUACUGUGGAACUUCACAAAUCUCUGUCUGGUAGCUCUGAACAUAACACACAAAUCACACAAUGUCCUCAUCAACAGACUCCAGAGAAGGUUAUAUGUGAACUCCAGGUAUGCCAAGCCCCGCUUUAGGAAGCAUGGGUUUGAGAUCCUGGACACGGGCAACAUGUAUCUGAUCAGGACUCCUACAGGACUGAAGAUCCAGUGGUUUCAUAGCACUGGCAUGAUGGUGCUGGAAACGGACACAUACAACAAGAAACUGCCCACCAUGGGCCUAUGUGGUUGCUGUGAUGGCAACCCAGCUAAUGACCUGACCCUUUCCAACGGCACCACGGUGGGGGAGAGCGAGGACCCCGCCGUGUUCAUCGACAGCUGGCAGCUCCCAAACACCACCAGCUACGUCAGCCAGAGCCGCAGGCGCGAGGUCAACUGCUCCACCAGCGACUGCUCCCAGUGCCUGGACAUGCUGCACAACAACAGCUUCACGCCCUGCCAUGACUACGUUCCACCUGCGACAUUCUGUGAACUGUGGGUACGAGAUGCGGAGUAUGUCAACAAUCCAUGUGUGGCACUGGCUGCGUAUGUUGCCUCUUGUCACAAGUUCAAUGUCUGCAUUGAAUGGAGGAGCCCUGACUACUGCCCCUUCCACUGCCCUGAGACUCUGCGCUACCAGGCCUGUCUGACCACGUGCACGGCACAGUCGUGCCCCAAUCAUGAGUUUGAGUAUGACCCUGAGCAGUGCUCCGGCCUGACUGAGGGCUGUGUGUGUCCAGAGGGGACCCUUCUUCACCGGCCCUACUCAUCCCUCUGCAUUCCGCCCAGCAAGUGUGCAUGCACGGACAGCUUCGGGACGCCGCGUGCCGUGGGGGAGGUGUGGAAGGCCUCCAAAGAUGGCUGCUGCAUGUACAGGUGUGAGAACGACACCAUCGUGCCGGUGGAGUACAACUGCACGGAAACGCCUCCCCUCGAGUGCAAGAGAGCAGGAGAGGUGGUCAUCAGCCUGGCCGAUGACAAGAGCUGCUGCCCACAGAAAGCCUGUGUGUGUAACCAGACUCUUUGUGAUGCUGCACCUCCUGAGUGUAAGUUUGGAGAGAGGGUGGUGUCGUACUUCAGAGAAGACUCCUGCUGCCCCGACUAUGCCUGUGAGUGUGACACUGAGCUGUGUGAGACAGAGGUGCCACCCUGUCGGGACGACCAGACCUUAAUCGCCACAAAGGCUGAUGGGAGCUGCUGCCUGGCGUACAUCUGCAUAUGUGACACAUGCCCAGAAAUUAUUCCAAAAUGUGAGGAGGGGGAGCUGCUGACGGUGGAUGCUAACAGCACUGAUCGCUGCUGCCCGGCCUAUCAAUGUGUUUGUGAGCCAUUCCGCUGUGCAGAAUUCUCCUGUCCGCUGGGUAUGGCUGUAUCUGUAGACAGCCUGCCAGGCCGCUGCUGCCCCCAGCACACAUGUGAGUGUGCAUGUGACAAGCUUCCAAGUCUGAAAUGUGCGCUGGGAGAGAUCAUGCAGCCUGACAGAUCAUAUCAGUUUGACCCCAUUAACCAGUGCGGUUGUAAGAAAUACAAGUGUGUGCGAGACGCUGUCUGUGUGAACGGGGAGAGGGGUGUGAUGCGGCCGGGUCAGACCCUGGUGGAGCACAGCGAUCAGGGCGUGUGUUCCACCACACACUGCACACACACACUAGACCCGCUCUCCGGCUACCACCUCAUACGGACCACCAGCACUAACUGCUCUGCUCAGUGCUACCCGAAUCAGAUCUACAUCCCACCCAAAGACCUGUCCUCGUGCUGUGGGGUCUGUAGGAACAUCUCCUGCCUCUACAAGAAUGAAAAUGGCUCCGUCACUCUGUAUAAGCCAGGGAAGACGUGGGUGUCCGAUUGCAUGAGGUAUGAGUGUGCAGGGACCCAGUCUGGGCCCACCCUCAUCUCCUACUCCUACAGCUGCCCCCCCUUCAAUGAGACCGAGUGCAUGAAGAUUGGUGGUACCAUAGUAAGUUACAUGGAUGGAUGCUGUAGAACAUGUAAAGAAGAUGGCAAGUCAUGCCAGAAGGUAACUGUAAGGAUGACGAUCAGAAAGAAUGACUGUCGAAGCAACAGACCGGUGAACAUAGUGUCAUGUGACGGGAAGUGCCCCUCAGCUAGCAUAUACAACUACAACAUCAACACGUACGCACGCUUCUGCAAGUGCUGUCGUGAGAUGGGUCUGCAGCGGCGCACCGUCCAGCUCUACUGCAGCGGCAACUCCACCUGGGUCAACUACUCCAUCCAGGAGCCCACUGACUGCUCCUGCCAGUGGUCGUAGGUACGCCACCACUCCCCCUCCACCCAGUAGGUCUUCCAGUGCCAGGGGGCACCUGUCUCACGCCAUGCCAUCCCAACCUAGAGCUGGCACUACAGGGGGGCAGACCAGCUAGUGCCAGGGCCAAGUGAGACACUUCAGAGUAGGGAUGCCAUGCCGGUCUGAACAUCAGGGCCUGCUUUUGGUGACACAUUAACACUGAGGUUUGUUUUUGAAAUGGUGGCAUAUUUAUUUGACAGAAAUUCAAAACUGUAAUGUACAGGUAGUAAGACUGGACGUUAGGUUGAGGUCAGGUAUCUGAAAUUGCAGAUUAUCACACUGGGUCUUGGCCCACACUGGGGUUGCAACACAAACAGGACCCACAGGCCUGAGAUAUACAUUUGUUUCCCUUGAUUAGAUUCAAAGCAAACCCUAUUUUAAUGGUUACCUCCUCUCCCCAAAAAUGUGGUGUCUGAAAAAAGGCCAGGAUAUCCACACACAAAAGAAAUUUUGAAGACCAUUUUAAUUAUUCAUUUAUUGCAGAGGCCAAAAAAGAAGGUGCUUCACAUUUUUAGAAUUCUGUAAGGAGUAUAUGUGUGUCUAAAGAAAAACUGUAAUAUUAUAAUCAACACCAGUACCAAUAUGAAAAGAACUAGUCUUAGAGCACUUAUCUGGAAAGUCUCGCCAAAUAAACAGCAUUGUUAGAUAAAGAACCUAGGCAUUUGUACAGCAAACUGGGACAUUCAUUAUGUUACAUUAUUAUAAAAUAAUAAUAUAUUAUAUUCAUUAUGAAAAUGGAGAGCUAAAUUUUGACCAACAGACCACAUCUGACAUACUAUGGUAACUUGUUAAUGGAUGUAGGUAUUGUGAUCCCUGAUCAUGACGAUGCACAGUGUGGAAUUAUUCAUUUGGACAGAACAGCUCUAUUUAAUUUAGCUGGGUUGACAGGGAAGCUUUAUAGGAUCAUAGCACAUUAAUCUCAUCCAACAGCACACUUCAAUUGUUUUGAAAUGUACAUAAACUAAUGUACUGGAUUUUGUUCCCAUUCAAAUAAUUUCUACAUUGGCAUAUUAUGAACUAUGUUAUGUUUUUAACCUUAGCUAUAAUAAUACCUCAAUGCACUGUAUAUUAAUGAUUUAAGAGGCUUUAUAACCAAAUUAGGAACAUUUUGUUAAAUUCAAAUCAAAGCUGUAUUUUGAGCACUUUAUUUAUUUAUUUACUGGCAUCAUAGAGCAAUAAUUCUCAAACUACAACCGUGCAUACAUUUAUUUUCGGCUCAAACCUUUUAUCUCCGCAGCUUUUUACAAACUUUAAAUGAAUGUCAGAGAUUGUAAAAAUACGCUGACAAGAAUAUUAAUAUCACAUUACAUUCACACCCAUAAUGAAAAAUUCUCUUCCAUAACAAAUACAGUAUUUCUUUCACAUCAUGUACACCAUACUGUACAAGCGCUUUGUCAUGAUUUGUGUGUGUGUGUUUGUUUGUAUGUUUGUGUGUGUAUGCGUAUAUGUAUGUGCAUUGAAUUUGGUAAUUGUCACAAAUUUUGAAAGCAACACCCAUAGUAAAAUAUGUGUACCAUAUUACAUGAAUAUUUGCAUUUCAA